ACUACUUGAAAUGCAUCACUAUGAUUCGAGUAUUAUCCGAAUUUGGCUGACAAUGUCAGUUCCUUACGCCUGCAACCAAUCGUUUCUGACUAAAGCUCAUAAUCUCUAGAAAUCUUGCACAGUAACUAUCGAUUUCAAGUAUCAAUACUCAAACCAAAUCUCCGAUUAUCCGAUUAUCAAUCGGCGAAAGAUAGCCCGGUACCUUAAAAGCCGCACCUAUCGUUCCUCAUAAUCACUUUAAAAAAAUCUGACCAAAUGAACUGUUUAUUUGUUUUAGCGUCUCUCCUUACUCUCGGAGUCCUCGCCGUCUCCGGAAAUGUCGAAAAUCGCAUUGUCGACGCACUAGCGGCGGCGCCCGGUCAGUUCCGCUACCAAGCCUCGUUAAGGAAUCAGAGCAACGGGCACUUCUGCGGGGCAUCGAUAAUAAAACCUUACUACGUGCUUACGUCAGCGAAGUGCGUCUACGGGAAAUACCCGCAAAGCGUGUACGUAGUUGUGGGCACGAAUGACCUAGUCGUAGGCGGAACCCAUCUCUCAGUGUCCAGCAUUAUUUCGCACGAGCGCUACGAUAGCUCAACUUUCAAAAACAACAUCGCCCUGGUAAAGACGACCGGUAACAUGCUCAGCGUUCCACAAACGAGCUCGGUUGCGUUGAACAUCGCGUCGACGUAUCCGGGACAAAAGGCCGUCUUAUCGGGAUGGGGAAAGGAGCUACUUUCACUUCCGACGUACUCCAAUCAUUUAAGAUACGCCGAAUUUUACGUUCUCUCCUUGGACGAUUGCAAGCGGGAGCUGCGGGAUUAUCCGGUCGAUUAUGACAAUAUCUGCACGAAAGCGUCGAGAGCGGGCGGUUGCGACGGAGACAACGGGGGACCGUUGGUUUCGACCGACAGAAUUCAAAUUGGGGUGUUAUCGUGGGGAAUUCCUUGCGCGGUUGGUACGCCUGAUGUUUACACGAGCGUGUCGCAACACUACGGAUGGAUCGAAGAUCAUUCUUUCAACUAACUAUUUAAGCGAUAGAAAUACUAUCAAAAAAUUCAUUGAUUUAUCUCCCUUCCCCUCAUACUCUAUCUGUCUGGUUUAUCGAAUGAUAAGAAGCUUGUAAUAAUUUAAAAUGAAUGAUGUAAAUAUCUAUAUAAACGUCUUCCUUUA